UUUCAAAGAAAUGGCAACCCAUCUGGAUGAGAUGAUUCCAUGGUGUAAAUCCCAGAAGAUGAACAGGGAAAGACGUCGUUUAACCUUCCUGCGUUUAAAGUGCCAGAGGCUGAAAUGCCUGGAGGCAGAGGGUUACAAUGUCCAGAAGAAGCUGCCGACCUUCAGACGGGAAGCUUGCUGGGCUUCAUCUCCUCAAGGACCAAUGCCAAGAACCUGUCGGUCUUCCGCCGCGAUGGGGCAGCAUGGCUCAAGAAACAUGGAACAGGGUAAACAUUGCAUUUCCCAGUGCCGUGUCUGUUGUCCGAAUACCGUUCAGUUCAUCUACAGAAGCAAGUGUUAAAGCUCUCUUGGCGGAAAAUGAGAAGGUCCGUAAGCUCUUUGGGAGUGAGAUUCUUCAAACGGAGAUACGAGUUCUCUACGAGCUGUUGUACAUCCUGAAUAAUAGCUACAGAGGCAACAAGACGUUCAGCGCCUUAAAGCAGGUUGAACAAUGCAUUAACAGGCUGAAAUGCAUGAAGCUUGAUGCUGCUCUCCAGGAGCUGACAGACAUGUGUCCCAACAGAAUUCAAAGAAAACUGAGCAUGGAGGCUGGUGAGUUUGACAUCCCCAGUCAACCAAUGCUGGAGUGGCUCUGUCUCAAAGUGCUGGGAGGCGCCCAGCUGAUGAGCUGCACAUUAAGACGCUGCAGCAGAGCGUUUUCACUUUCCAGGCAGCAUAUGAAAUUAGAGGAGUUUAUUGUCUUGAAUAUGGUGAUAACCAGCAUGCUCAGUCGUCUCUGGGUGAUUGCCCGUGGUAUCCUGGUCAGCCUGUCCACUCUGUAUCAGCAGCUCCUGGAGCUCCUUAGAGAAGUAGCCAGCGCCCAUCCCAUGCCCUUCCUCACAGACUUCUCUCUGCCAGCAGAUAUGGCUCAGUUCCUGGGUCCUUCUGAUGCAUAUAUACUGCCCAAAAAAACAGCACACGGUCCCCAUGCCAAAGACCACAAGGAGAAGCAGCAGCAGCAGGAGAAGAGGAAGAAACUUCCUGUGAAGGUCAAGAAACAAGGAGAGACAAGGAAGGUUAAAGAAGAUCUGGGUGUUGCUGUUGACAGAGGUGUUAUUAGUCUCGGCAUUGACAUGAAGCCUUUUCUCAAGGUUGUCAGGAACGUUACCAAGGGCAAAUCCGACGCACAGAAAACACACAAGCUGGACAAGGUACAAAAGUUCAAGAAACAAGUGAGAGAGGCUGCUACUUUCAAAGACAUGGCAACCCAUCUGGAUGAGAUGAUUCCAUGGUGUAAAUCCCAGAAGAUGGACAGGGAAAGACGUCGUUUAACCUUCCUGCGUUUAAAGUGCCAGAGGCUGAAAUGGCUGGAGGCAGAGGGUUACAAUGUCCAGAAGAAGCUGCCGACCUUCAGACAGGAAGCUUGCUGGGCUUCAUCUCCUCAGGGAUCAGUGCCAAGAACCUGUCAGUCUUCUACCGCAACGGGGAGACAUGCUGGCCUGAGAACUCGUUUGCAGUCACUCAGGAGUCAAUUUAAGUCCUCAACAGUCGGAACUGGUGCGAAAAAGAAACAGGUGGAGAGACAAAGGAAGAGCACUGAGUUAUCAGUGUCUGGACUGUCGGUGGACGACCAUAGGAAGAGGUCUACAUGUAAGGCGAUGUCUGAGACCUCUGGCUCUGACAGCCUUGAUGAUAUCGAUUGUAUAUUUGCCUCUGUAGGUUUGUGAUACUUUGAAAUUAAACACACGGCGGAUACAAACUACUGUAUAGAGCAGAGUCUAGUGUAUGACAGAUGUCUCUGCUUUCAAAUGAAAGGGUAAAAUUGGUGCAUGAUGACUGGACAUUGUAUGUAUGUUACACAAGUGCUAAAUAGCAGCAGUGCCUUUUAAAGCAGAAAAUAACUACAGGUAAGGAUUUGGCAUGCAACAAAGGCGCCAGGCUGUAAUGGAGCUGGGGGCGUUGCUUUGAAUUUCUUGAUACCUGAAUAGAGCUUCCAUGGCUGAAACCUUCCC